AUGUUUAUUGCAAUCAUUAAUGAUGGCUUUCGUCGUGCUCGACAGAACCUACUGCAGAAAGAUGAUGAAAUAGUAUCAUUUAUGUGGACAAAGUUUCAACGAUGGAUCGGCUGGAGUAAGUCAUGUGAAGUACGGGAUAAUACGAUGGAAAUAGAAUAUCUUAAUCUUGCCGGUGUUCUUCGCAAGAAAGUUCACGAGCUUUUACAUGCUUUGAAUCGGGUGUACAUUGAUCCAAAAACGUCGAAUUUCCUCUGA